AGACUAAACAAGUGCCCGGGCAAUCGUAACCCGAGCGGACUGUCUUGUGUGAGACGGGAGAAACGAGAGACGAAAAGCAUCGAUAGGGAACGCCGUAUUGUGAAUAUUCACUUCGGUUUGUAAUGAAGUGACUUUCGGACGCAAAAUGUGCUGAUGGACGACGUGUGCGGCAGCAAAAAUAUGCUGAGAUAACGUAAUUCGAGGAGUCACCAGUGAAAUAUUAGUGUCGGCUAUAAAAUAUCAGUGAAACGUUUUGCGCUGUGAUGACAAAUUUAUUUUACUGCGCAUAAAUUCUUUACUAUUUUUACACUCGUGUCGAAAUAAUUCUCAGUAUUUUCUUCUGUUUUUUUCGAAAAUCAAGAAUUUUUUUUUUGUUCCAUUCUAUUUUUUAAAAGAAAAAAAUCGAAGGGUCCGAUUUUUUAAUCAAAUUUCCUCAACACUUCAUAACAAUUUCCCACCAUCGAAAUGCAGAAAUAUUUUCAGUCCCGCGUCUGCACUCGACUGUCGCCGGAAGUUGCUUAGCGACCGUGUUUUAUACUUGUGCAAGCGAAAAGUGAGAUAAGGGUUAAAGUGACUCCUCCCCUCGCAAUUUGUCAUUAUCUCCUGAUUAUUCCCGACUAAACGCCGCGAUAAUUCACGAGCAAUCGACGUCGCAGAGUCAAUGUUUGUUUUUAUUUUUUUUCUUUCCGUUCUAUUUCCAUCAUCAUCUCUCAUCAUUUUAUUUUCACUUUUUUCUUAUCUCGAGUGAAUCAUGAGAACAAGAGUAACUCAACAACUGGAUCAACUGCGCCGAUAGAGCAACAUCUGAUCGAGGGAUGGAUCUACCGCAUGAUCAGACACUUAUAAAGUACCUGAUAGCGGGGGGAGUGGGGGGAAUAGCAACAACUAUUUUUGGACAUCCGUUGGACACUAUUAAAACGAGAAUGCAAGCAGCACCUGGGGUUUACAAGAAUACAACUGAUGCUGUUGUUAGAACUGUGAAACGAGAAGGUGCAAUGGGAUUGUACAAAGGCAUAACCGCGCCCCUGAUUGGAAUAGUUCCAAUAUUCGCCCUGAGUUUCUUCAGUUUUGGUCUUGGAAAGCGACUCCUCUCAGCCCCCAACAACGAGCCUUUGACUCCACUCCAAUUGUUCCUAGCUGGAAUGUUUUCCGGUCUCACCACAACCGUAUUCAGUGUCCCCGGGGAGAGAAUCAAGUGUCUCUUACAAAUGCAGACAAAAGGAAUCAAAUACAGUGGAUUCAAGGACGCGGUAUUAAAACUGUACCAGGAGGGGGGCAUCAGGAACCUGUACGUCGGCACCUGUGCGACACUAUUGAGGGAUGUACCUUCUGGUGGAAUUUAUUUCGGCGUUUACGAACUAAUGAUGAGAAUUGAGACCGAAAACGAGCAUCACGUGUCGCUCUGGCAGCCGAUGUUCGCAGGUGGUGUGGCAGGUAUCGGCAAUUGGCUGGUCGCAAUGCCGGCGGACGUUCUCAAGUCUCGUCUUCAAACAUCAACAAUGGGCAAAUAUCCCAAGGGCAUGCGUUCAGUUCUCCCUGAGCUUUUACGAGUGGAGGGCAUUGGUGCCCUCUAUAACGGUCUAAUACCGGUCAUAAUACGGGCAUUUCCGGCCAAUGCCGUGUGUUUUCUUGGCAUUGAGUUCGCAAUUCAGAUCCUCGAUGAUUAUUUCCCGUGGAUCUAA